AUGUUUAUGAGUCUACGGGGGGGCCCCUGGGGGGCCCCCCUCAGACCCUCGGGGGGCCCCCCUGGGGGCCCCCUGCGCUUCAACAGGGUAUGGAGAGCUACACAGGGCAAGAGGAGGGGCUUAUACACCUGGCAGCAGCAGCAGCAGCAGCAGCAGCAGCAGCAGCAGCAGCAGCACAGGGAUGAGCAGGAGCAGCAGCAGCGGCAGCUAUGGAGAGCUACACAAGGCAAGAGGAGGGGCUUAUACACCUGGCAGCAGCAGAAGCAGCAGCAGCAGCAGCAGCAGCAGCAGCAGCAGCACAGGGAUGAGCAGGAGCAGCAGCAGCGGCAGGACCUGCAUCAGCAGCACCAUGAUCCUCCAGCUCCUCCUCAUCAGCAGCAGCAGCAGCAGCACGCCCCGCAACAGCAGCAACAGCAGCAGCAGCAGCAGCAGCAGCAGCAGCAGCAGCAGCAGCAGCAGCAGUCUUCAUUUUCUCUAGGCCAUCGCCGUGUAUCUGUUCAUAGUUUACAUCUUUCUGCUUCUUCUCCCCCUCAGUUUCUUCUUCCUUAUAUUAAACCCAAACCCAGGGGCCCCCCAACCCCACCCAAUAAACACACUGGGGGCCCCUCCCAGGGGGGCCCCCAGAGGGGGGCCCCUACAGAGUGGCCCCCCCCCUGGGGGCCCCCCCCAGGGGCCCCCACCUUUGAGGGGGCCCCUGGGGCCCCCGCCCAGGUUUCUCCGUCUGUUGAAGUCCCUCAUAGGAAUCAGCAGAGGGGCCCCCAUGGGGGCCCCCCUGCUGGGGGCCCCUCCUCUGCGGGCCCCCCCGCUGGGGGCCCCCCUGCGGGGGGCCCCCCUGUAGCUGGUGUGGGUGUAGGGGGGGCCCCCCCUCAUAGGAAUCAGCAGGGGGGCCCCCAUGGGGGCCCCCCUGCUGGGGGCCCCUCCUCUGGGGGCCCCCCCGCUGGGGGCCCCCCUGCGGGGGGCCCCCCUGUAGCUGGUGUGGGUGUAGGGGGGGCCCCUGGGGGCCCCCAUGGGGGGCCCCCUGGGGGGCCCCCCGGGGGCCCCCAGGGGGGCCCCUCGUAUGUUGAGCGUAUGGAUGGGCCUGGUGGUUUGGGUUCGUUUGAGUUUGUAUUUUCUGGUUUAGGUGAAAUGAAUGUGGGUAUUGAUGAGCUGUAUAUACACCCCGCGUUGCUGGGGUGUAUGAAGGGUUUAGGGUUUAGGGUUUUGGGGGGGGGAGAUGCUGCUGCUUUUGUUGCUGCAUCACGAGGGAGAGAUCUGCUGCUGAGGAGCAGCAGCAAUAAAAACAAGUUGCUGCUGGCGUUGCUGCCCAUCGUUAAUAGACUUUAUCUUACUCAUGACCUCAUCCAGCAGCAGCAGCAGCAGCAGCAGCAGCAGCAACAGCAGCAGCAGCAGCAGCAGCAGCAGCAGCAGCAGCGAGACACAGAGGGAUCGAACACGAGACACCAGCCAGGAGACGGACACACCAGCCAGGAGACGGUGCGCAGCACUGCAGCUCCAGCAGCAGCAGCUCCAGCAGCAGCAGCACCAGCAGCAGCAGCAGCAGCAGCAGCAGCACCUGAAGGCGUGUCUUUGUCUUUAUUAAAAGCUGCUGUUGCUGAGGGGCUGCGGCAUGCAUCGCUCCCUCCCCUGGAGGUGUUAACAAGAGACGAGCAGCAGGCGCUGCAGCAGCAGCAGCAGCUGCUGCUGCUGCAGCAGCAGGUGCAUGAGCAGCAGCAGCAGCAGCAGCAGCAAGCAUCAGCAGCAGCAGCAGCAGCAGCAAACCCAUUGGGGUUGCUGCGGCCUGUUGUUGUUGUCGUUCCUACACAAGACAAAGCCCUAGCUGUGCUGCAGCUGCUGCAGCAGCUCGACCCCCUGGGCUGUAUAGCAUCAGCAUCAGCAGCAGCAGCAGCAGCAGCAGCAGCAGCAAACCCAUUGGGGUUGCUGCGGCCUGUUGUUGUUGUUGUUCCUACAUCCCCCCAGCAGCAGCAGCAGCAGCAGCAGCAGCAGCAGCAGGAGGAGGAGCAGCAGCAGCAGCAGCUAGAAGAUAUCGAGCCAGAGGAAUGGAGACAGCUGGGGGAUAGCGCCCCCCAGCAGCAGCAGCAGCAGCAACAGCAGCAGCAGCAGCAGCAGCAGGAGGAGCAGCAGCAGCAGCAGCUAGAAGAUAUCGAGCCAGAGGAAUGGAGACAGCUGGGGGAUAGCAGGAAUUCGUCAGGGUUCCUACUAUAUAUGGGCCGCGAAUCCGUUAUCUUCGAUGAUAUAGAUCUGCUGCUGCAGCACAAUAAAACUAAAAAUAUUAUUUUUUAUAUUUUCGGCGCGCUGAGGCCCAGGCCCCCUGUUCAUAUACAAAACACACACAAAGUCAAGGCUGGCCCUUUGUCUCCUACUCAGUUGAUAUUUGUUGGGUCUUCUGUCUCCUUUGGGGGCCCCUGCAGCAGCGGCGUUUUGCUGCUGGAGCGUUUCGGUACUGCUGCUCACAUAUACACGGGGUCUUCUGUCUCGUUUGGGGGCCCCUGCAGCAGCGGCGUUUUGCUGCUGGAGCGUUUCGGUACUGCUGCUCACAUAUACACCCCGCAGCAGCAGCAGCAGCAGCAGCAGCAGCAGCAGCAGCAGCAGCAGCAGCGGCAGCAGCAGCAGAGGGUGUUGUGGUUACGUAUCAAUGAUGAAAAUGUUAAAAAAGAAGUAAUGAGACAAUACCCAGCAUGGGAUGAGCUGAGGCGAGAGCAGCAGCUGCUGCAGGCAGCAGCAGCAGCAGAGGGUGUUGUGGUUACGUAUCAAUGA